CUCAGCAGAGCAACGUGAGGAAAUCUGGCAGACUGGAAGAGAACAGCUGCCCCCCAGGGCAGCUGCCAAGUGUGAAGCAUGGAAGAAGGUAAAAAUGAGAAGGUGAACCAGGCUCACGUGCUCUUCGACAGAUUUGUCCAGGCUUCAACCUGCAAGGGGACUCUGAAGGCUUUCCAGGAGCUCUGUGACUACCUAGAACUAAAGCCCAAGGACUACCGUUCUUUCUAUCACAAGCUCAAGUCCAAGCUCAAUUACUGGAAAGCCAAAGCUUUGUGGGCCAAAUUGGAUAAAAGAGGCAGCCAUAAGGACUAUAAGAAGGGGAAAGCAUGCGCCAACACGAAGUGUCUGAUAAUUGGGGCUGGACCCUGUGGCCUUCGUACAGCCAUCGACCUGUCCUUCCUGGGAGCCAAGGUGGUGGUCAUAGAAAAGAGGGAUGCCUUUUCCCGCAACAACGUGCUGCAUCUGUGGCCAUUCACCAUACACGACUUGAGGGGUCUUGGCGCCAAAAAGUUUUACGGCAAAUUCUGUGCGGGAUCCAUAGACCAUAUCAGUAUCCGUCAGCUCCAGCUUAUCCUUUUGAAGGUUGCCUUGAUCUUGGGAAUAGAGAUCCACGUCAAUGUGGAAUUUCAGGGGCUCGUUUACCCUCCGGAGGAUCAGGAGAAUGAAAGAAUAGGUUGGCGUGCAUUGGUCCAUCCAAAAACUCAUCCAGUAUCUGAGUAUGAGUUUGAAGUGAUCAUUGGAGGGGAUGGCAGGAGGAACACCUUAGAAGGGUUUCGCCGAAAAGAGUUCCGUGGUAAACUAGCAAUUGCUAUCACAGCAAACUUCAUCAAUCGCAACACCACAGCUGAAGCCAAAGUAGAAGAGAUCAGCGGUGUGGCCUUCAUAUUCAACCAGAAGUUCUUCCAAGAUCUACGAGAAGCUACAGGUAUUGACUUGGAGAACAUUGUCUACUACAAAGAUGAUACACAUUACUUUGUCAUGACUGCCAAAAAACAGAGCUUGCUGGAAAAAGGAGUGAUACGGCAUGAUUAUGCUGACACAGAGUUACUACUGUCGCGGGAGAAUGUGGACCAGGAGGCUCUGCUAAACUAUGCCAGAGAAGCAGCUGACUUCUCCACUAAUCAGCAGCUGCCAUCACUGGACUUUGCCAUCAAUCACUACGGUCAGCCAGAUGUGGCCAUGUUUGACUUCACGUGCAUGUAUGCAUCGGAGAACGCAGCCCUGGUGCGAGAGCAGAAUGGCCACCAGUUACUUGUGGCACUGGUUGGGGACAGUCUCUUAGAGCCAUUUUGGCCAAUGGGAACUGGAAUAGCGAGGGGAUUUUUGGCUGCAAUGGAUUCUGCUUGGAUGGUACGAAGUUGGUCUCUCGGAGCUAGUCCUUUGGAAGUUCUUGCAGAGAGGGAAAGCAUUUAUAGGCUACUGCCUCAGACCACCCCUGAGAAUGUGAGUAAAAACUUCAGCCAUUACAGCAUUGAUCCCGCCACCCGGUAUCCCAAUAUCAACGUCAACUUCUUGCGGCCACAGCAGGUACGCCACUUGUAUAAUACAGGAGACCUGAAAGACAUUCACCUGGAAAUAGAGAACUUUGUGAACUCCAGGACACCAAAGCUGACUCGGAAUGAGUCUGUAGCUCGUUCUAGUAAAUUGCUCAGUUGGUGCCAGAGGCAGACUGACGGAUAUGCUGGUGUUAACGUGACAGACCUCACGAUGUCAUGGAAAAGCGGCCUAGCUUUGUGUGCCAUUAUCCACCGAUACCGUCCAGACUUAAUAGACUUUGAUUCUUUGGAUGAGCACAAUGUGGAGAAGAAUAACCAGCUGGCCUUUGAUAUCGCAGAAAAAGAGUUUGGAAUAUCUCCCAUUAUGACUGGAAAGGAAAUGGCAUCUGUCGGAGAGCCAGAUAAGCUGUCGAUGGUGAUGUACCUCACGCAGUUCUAUGAGAUGUUCAAAGACACCAUCCCCUCUAGUGAUAGUCUGGACCUGAAUGCAGAAGAAAAAGCUGCCCUAAUUGCCAGUACCAAAUCGCCCAUCUCUUUUCUCAGUAAACUGGGACAAAGCAUCUCUCGGAAACGCACUCCAAAGGACAAAAAAGAAAAGGAACUGGAUGGUGCAGGAAAGAGGAGAAAAACCAGCCAAUCUGAGGAUGAGGACAUCCCACGAAGCUACAGAGAAGAAAGGCCCACAUUGGUGAGUGCCCUGACAGAGAGAAGAAUUGAUGCUGCCAUUGGGAAUCAGAACAAAGUCAAGUCUAUGGCAACGCAGCUACUGGCCAAGUUUGAGGAGAAUGCACCAGUGCAGUCCUCAAGCUUAAAAAGACAGCUGAGGAGUAGAGAACGUUCUCGGACCUGCCCCAAAAAAGUGAUCAUGCUCUCUUCCACUCCACCUUCCUCUCCACCGUAUCCCAGGCAGCAGAGAAACAGGGAACCUGAUGCCGACUAUCCUGGGGAGCAGAGUCCCAGACAGGAAAGGCCUGAGACUGAACCGUCUCGCCGAUUCUUUGUUGACCAGUGGGAGCUCUCCCUUAGCCUCCGUUCUUCUAAUCGCCCUUCUUCACCUUCAUCUGACUCUCUUCGACAGAAGUAUAUAAAGAUGUACACAGGCGGAGUGAGCUCAUUGGCUGAGCAGAUAGCCAAUCAGCUACAAAGGAAAGAGCAACCCAAAACCCUUCUAGACAAGAAGGAACUGGGCUCGCUCAAAAAGGAGUUCCCCCAAAACCUGGGAGGCAGUGAUGUUUGUUACUUCUGCCGCAAGCGAGUCUAUGUGAUGGAAAGGCUGAGUGCUGAAGGCAAGUUCUUCCACCGCAGUUGCUUCAAGUGUGAAUACUGUGCGACGACGCUGCGCUUGUCAUCUUACGCCUAUGAUAUCGAAGAUG